AUGGCCCCCCUGACCACCCAGACCCUACUAAAUGACCCCGACUGGAACUAUAACACUGACAACGGCAUAUGGGGUUUAAAAAUUUUUAAGAAAGCCAUCCUAGAUGGUAUUAAAGCUGCGGGACAGCGAACCGUAAACUGGACCAAAGUCCAAGCCGUCCUUCAAGGACCUGAUGAACAUCCAUCUGACUACUACUCAAGGCUAGUCUCAGCCAUUAAGACCUGGGGGGGAAUAGAUCCGGAGAGCCCCCAGCACGAAGUAAUAGUCAAAGGAUUUUUUAAAGAUCAAGCUACACCCGACAUUAGAAAAGCAUUGAAUUCGCACCUAGGGUAUGAUGGAAAAACCAUAAAUGAAAUCCUUUCCAUCGCUAAAUCCGUCUUCAACACAAGGGAUGAACGGAAAAGAAAAGACCAAAGGCCCGAUCUCCCACGGGUGUUAGCCUAUGCGGCUGGGGUUCCUAACCCCAAAGAAAAAUUUAAGUCAUGGGGACCUGAACUACUAGAUGACCGCGUUUGUUACAACUGUAAUGAAGUAGGACAUAUAAGAAGAAAUUGCCCCCUUGUGACAGGAUCCAAAAGGAUCGAAUAUAGAAAUCCAAGACCAUACCAGUCUGACUACAGGGAAACCACCCACCCCAGGUACAGGGAGUCUACCACCCCAUACCGACCUAAUCAAUCCCCAACCCGAACGCAACCCUACGCGGAACCCCCUCCUCCACAACCGCGACCACGAAAUCAACCCCACGAAGCUACCAACCCCUUUAAACAGGGCGGUCGCCCCACAAACCCAACUCAUGAGAUGGUAAUGGAGGAAUACCAGGCGCAUUGACAAUUAGAAGCAGAUCCCGCCUCCUUUUCUUUCCUAUGCCCAGUCUUACAACUAUCCUCUUCCGACCCCAUAUGCACUAUGCAAAUUGAUGGCCAGUCGUAUGAUUGUCUCCUAGACACUGGGGCCACCUACUCCACCCUUACGAAUAGCCAUUUAGCACCGGGAGACGAAACCAGAACCGUAGUAGGACUUGAUGGAAUCCCCCGGAACUGCCCCCUUUCCAAGCCUGCGAGAGUCUCCGUCGGACCUCUAUCGGUUAAACAUACUUUCCUACUAACUUCCAGCCCAGUUAACCUCCUGGGGAGGGAUCUGCUAUGUAAGUUGAACGCUACUAUACAAUGCGGCCAAGAAGGGAUUUACUUGCACAUGCCGAACGACUCCAUUUUCAACUUCCAAGGGGUUCUUCAAGAAGCUAACAACAAAUUCCCUGACCUUCCUCCCGAGCUUCUUAAUAGCGUCCCCUCUUGGUUAUGGGGAACUGAAUCAACAUCCGUUGGACUCCUAAAGUCGGCAACCCCAGUAAAAGUUAACUACAGGAAAGACCUACCAUUCCCCUGUACAAAACAAUACCCUUUGCCUCCUGAAGCAAUCGAAGGACUUACCCCAAUGAUUGAUGAAUUUUUGAAAAUGGGAAUCCUAGUUCCCUGUGCCUCCCCAUGUAAUACCCCGCUUCUCCCCGUCAAGAAGCCAAACACUAACCCUGUCAAAUGGCGCCUCGUCCAAGACCUUCGACUCAUCAACUCUUUCGUUAUCCCCAGACACGCUGUUGUAGCCAACCCCACCACCUUUUGAGCACGAUCCCGGAGGGAACUGUCGUCUACUCCGUCAUAGACCUAUGUUCCGCCUUCUUUAGCAUCCCCGUGGACCCAGAAAGCCAAUUCCUCUUUGCCUUUACCUGGCAAACCGGUCAAUUAACAUGGACUCGGUUACCCCAGGGAUACGUGGAAUCUCCGGCAAUCUUUUCUUCCAUAUUACACCAGGACUUACUAGACGUGAACCUUCCGGGAGGCUCCGCCCUCAGGCUCUAUGUGGAUGACAUUUUACUUUGUGGGCGGGACUUGGAAUCCUGUAAGUCAGACACUAUAGCCCUCCUGACAAUACUCGCGCACAAGGGACACAAAGUAUCCCCCAAAAAGAUACAGUACUGCCAAAAGGAAGUGAAAUAUCUUGGCCACAUCCUUGGAGAAGGCACCCGUGCCCUCGCCACAGAUAGGAUUGAAGCCAUAACGAAGCUGCCCCUCCCCAAGACUAAGAGGCAGCUCAGGGGCUUCAUCGGGAUGAGUGGGUUUUGCCGAGCAUGGAUCCCCCGCUACGGAGAAUUCACUCGACCCUAUUACCUCUUUGACAAACUAAUAUGCCCCAGUCCACUUGCAAUGGAGUGCAGAGGCACUCGAAGCCUUUGAAUCUAUCAAACGGGAACUGAGGUCUUCACCUGCCCUCGGACUCCUGACUAUAGACUACCUUUCUCUUUAUUCGUCCAUGAAAAUAAAGGAGUAGCCUCGGGUGUCCUUACGCAACCUUUUCAGGGAAGGAACAGGCCCGUCGCUUACUACAGCCUUCAACUGGACACUACCGUAAUGGGAAAUGUGGGGUGCCUUAGAGCAGUAGCAGCUGCAGCACUACUUCUUGAAAAGGCGCAGGAGACCGUCUUAGGACAUGAACUAACCGUAAAUGUUCCCCAUGCCGUGGCCACCCUCCUCAGCUUGCAAGGAUGCCAACGCUUCACGAUCCAAAGACUGAAUAGAUAUGAAGCCAUCCUCCUUAGUCCGUCUAAUGUUACCAUAAAAAGGGUGAACUCCCUUAAUCCGGCAACCCUCCUUCCCCUCCCUGACGAUGGCACCCCGCACCACGACUGUUCUCAGGUGGUCCGACACGCUGAAAAACCACGUGAGGACCUCGACUAUCUUCCCUUAAGCAACCCCGAUCUUAUAUUAUACACCGACGGGAGCUCAAAAAUUGUGGGAGGGGAACGGAAAAGUGGAUAUGCAGUUGUCAGCGACACUGACAUCCUUGAAGCGCGUCCUGUCCAUGCUAGGUUUAGCGCACAGGCUGCAGAACUUAUCGCCCUGAUCCGAGCCUGCGAAUUAGCAACAGGACAGAGGGUCACUAUUUACACAGAUUCUAAAUAUUGCUUUGGGUUAGUUCAUGCCACCGGACAAAUCUGGCUACAGAGGGGUUUUCUGACCGCUGCAGGCACCCAAAUAGCCCACGCACCUCUAGUACAACGCCUUAUGGAUUCUAUACAUCUUCCAGAAGAAAUAGCAGUAGUCCAUUGCAAAGCCCAUACCAAGGGAAAAGACCCAGUAUCAAUGGGGAACCGCUGUGCUGACCGCGUGGCACAAGAAGCAGCCCUCCAACCACUGUCUGCAGAUGGUGAAUUUCAGGGACCCCAGGUUCCGUCGGACGUAGACUUUAACCUAAUGUAUAAAACCGCCACCCCAGAAGAAAUAAAGGGAUGGGAAGAGCAGGGAGCUCUCUUCAGCAACGGCAUAUGGUACCCCCCUGACAAAAGACUCAUAAUGCCCCGGCUCUGGGUACCCAAACACAUAAGAAUACUACAUCAGUGUACCCACUGGGAAGGGACAAACUCAUAGACUCUGUCCAACGCUGCUGGUACGCUCCAGGACUGGCUCUGGCUGCAAAAUCAGCAGUAAAGAAUUGUCACACCUGCCAAACCUUUAAUCCAAAGCAUACUGCCAGAUGUCCGCCAGGAGCCAGACCGUGGGCUUUUGUCCCUUUCGAAAGCCUUCAAGUCGACUUCAUAGACCUACCCCCUUGUCAGGGCUACAAGCAUGCCCUUGUCAUUAUUGAUCAAUUAACAGGAUGGGUGGAAUGUCUCCCGACUCGCCGAGCUACUGCCCAAAUGGUUGCAAAAACCCUACUGCAUGAAAUAAUACCGCGUUUCGGGGUUCCGAGACACAUAGACAGUGACAGGGGCUCACACUUCACUUCCGACGUAGUCCAACAAGUCGCUAAAGCCCUAGGGAUCAAAUGGAGAUUGCAUACCCCAUACCACCCCCCUUCCUCAGGGCAGGUUGAACGAAUGAAUCAACAAUUAAAGUCCCAGCUAGGAAAGCUCUGCAGGGACUCUGGAAUUAAGUGGGUCAAUGCCCUCCCCUUGGUUCUACACAAUCUCAGAGCAUGCCCCCGUGGGAAUCUGAACCUAUCUCCUUAUGAACUGCUUUUUGGAAGACCCUCCCCCGUGUAUAGCACGCAAUUCCCCCCAUCAGAACUAGAGGUAGGCGAGUCUGAAUUGACCAAAUAUAUAAUACAGCUCCAGAAGCAACUCAUUGUUCUCCACAGAUACGCGGCAGCAGGCCAGAACCUACCCCUCGACGAGAACAUCCAUCCGUUCCAACCAGGGGACUGGAUAUUGGCAAAGACUUACCAGAAGGUACCCCUACAACCUACCUGGGAAGGACCUUACCAGGUCCUUCUCACAACCCCCACCUCCGUCAAAGUAGCGGAGAAGUCGGCCUGGCUGCAUCAUACCCGCUGCAAACCUUCUUCACCACCUGACCUUACCGACGACGACGCACCCUACACCACCCCCCCCACAACCGCCAGAGGCCGAAGCCGACAUAGAGGUAGCCCAACAGACCGGACCAGAUCGGGGCACGAAUCGGGCCCAACAGACCGGACCAGAUCGGGGCACGAAUCGGGCCCAACAGACCGGACCAGAUCGGGGCACGCAUCGAGCCCUACAGACCGGACCUGCUUUAACGUCAUCACCGACCCAUUGGACCUCCGAAAUCGUCCCCACAACGAACAGCCAAGAGCACCCACCGAUCCGCCUCCGACUCCGAAAAGCAUCACAGCUCGCCGCUUGACAGCUCGCCGCUUGACAGCUCGCCUUUGA